GAUUCUAGCAAUUGAAGUCCACCCACCGUGAAGCUGCAGAGGUGGAGAAAACUCGGCCUUAACCGCGCCUAACAAAUCCCCGCGAGACACGUGUCUUUUCCCCCAGGACUCUUCCGCCCCGCAUUGGGGCGGCAGCCGAAUGAAAACCGGAAGCGGUGAACGCCGCCCGCUCUGCCCACCCCUAUGUACUUUCCCUAGGCUUUCCGAUAGGCUACGGGGGAAGAGCGCGCAUGCGUAGACGUCGCCUCGGCCCGGAGGCAUGCUGGGGUCUGUAGUUUUCACUCCGCUCAUCCAGUCCGAAGGAGCCGGCGAGCAGAGCCAUGGAGGGCGAGGGAGUUGCGUCGGUUCUCUGCCUCUUCGACGUGGACGGCACCCUGACCGCCCCUCGGCAGAAAAUCACUCCCGAGAUGGCAGAUUUCUUACAGAUUUUGCGGCAGAAGGUGAAAGUCGGUGUGGUAGGAGGCUCAGACUUCGAAAAGAUCCAGGAACAACUGGGGGAAGACGUGAUUGGAAAAUAUGACUAUGUUUUCCCAGAAAAUGGUCUGGUAUCAUACAAAGAUGGAAAAUUUCUUGAGAAACAGAGCAUCCAAGACCAUCUGGGGGAAGACCUGCUUCAGGAUUUGAUCAACUACUGCCUGAGCUACAUUGCAAAAAUUAAGCUCCCCAGGAAAAGGGGCACUUUCAUCGAAUUCCGAAAUGGGAUGCUGAACGUGUCCCCCGUUGGCAGAAGCUGUAGCCAAGGGGAACGGAUGGAGUUUUUUGAGCUCGACAAGAGGGAACAGAUCCGGGACAGAUUUGUCGCUGAUUUACGACGUGACUUUGCUGGAAAAGGCCUUACAUUUUCCAUAGGAGGGCAGAUCAGCUUUGACGUCUUCCCCAACGGUUGGGACAAACGGUACUGCUUGGGAAUUGUUGCCCAGGACAACUUCGAAAAGAUCUAUUUCUUUGGGGAUAAGACCAUGCCGGGUGGAAACGACUACGAAAUUUACACGGACCCCAGGACCCUCGGCCACAGCGUCUCUUCGCCCGAGCAGACGAGAGAGAUAUGCGAAGGCUUGUUUUUCAAAUAGCUCACGGGGCUGCCUUUGUCCUGAAGCUGGGUUCAGGACCACGAAUGGAAUCCAAAUCCUGGAAAUCGGGGAAAAGGGUUAGGGUAACAUCUGAACUGUGGGGGGCAGGGGGCAGGGGUGGGCUUCAAAAAUUUUAGAAGGGGUUCUCUGCCCGGUCACUGGGUGGGUGUGGCCAAGUUGGGCUCCUGCCCCAUAGGGGCGGGGUUUUUUUGCCCUCCCUGGACUCCCAAGGCAGGCCCGUUUUUCACCCUUCCCAAGCCUCCGUGCGUGUCCUGCCCUUACCUGCAUCCAAAACGGACCACGUGGGGACCCCUGGGAGGGGAGGGGAGGAGAGGGGUGGGCAGGGCCAUCCAAGAGUGGGAUUUGGGGGUUCUUCGAACUGCACAGAAUCUUAGCUAAAGAUUCUCCCAAACCCCUGCAAACCCCCAGUAGCCCACCCCUGGAGGGAGGAGGGGGAGCGCCCAGUAUCCCAUCCGUCCGCUCGGCUGUUCUGAGCUCACAUAUUGCACUACGCUAGGCUUUCUUCCCUUCUGUUCACACCAGGCAACAAGCCCUAAUCCAUGGUUCACAAACCAUCUUUGCACAGACUUGGUUCCCAAGAAUAAAACAGCGGCCAGUUUGAUGGCUUAGUGCGCUUUGUGGGCCAGUUCCGUCUUGAGAAGGAAAGAAGGAAGGAAGGAGAGAAAGAGAGGAGGGAGG